GAUAAAUGUAGUGACUCUGGGGAGGAGGGGCUGGUCUGAUGGACUCUGACGUCAUUGCUCCUCCACAUGUGAAAUACAGUAAAGCAGCCCCUGGCUAUAACCCUUCACCUGACUUUUUCACAGUGUAGAUGGAAACAGAGUAAGAUGUUUGCAUGAAAGCUGAUACACAGGUGUAAAAGCCCCCCCCCCCCGCUCUGGAAGGAGGUCUAUCUUGUACCUCUGCGUCUCCAGAAAGCCCCUCCUUGGACAAACCCCUCAGCCUGAGCGUCACACAAAGUUCACUUCGGUGCAGUCCCCUUUCCCUGAGCUCCAACACACACACAUCCCCUGUCAUCCACACACACACAUCCACUACAGUCGUUUGCAAAUCGCGCGCCUGCUGCUACUUUUCUGUCCAGAGACGCACGAGAGGACCUGUUGGAUGCUCGAGCCCCUCUGUCCGGACUGUCUCCACCGUCUCUGUCCUCAGGACCAAACUCCUGCUACAACUUUGUUCCUGGGAUUUUUCUCUGACUUCUACAAACUCGGAGUUCAUGUCUGAAUAAACUGCUUCACUACGUCUCCCAUAGUCGAACCGUGCAGUUGGACUAAAAUCAGCAUUUCACGGUUAGAAUGAAUGAUUCCGUGAAAUAACGGACUCCUCCGGACCAGAAGGAUUUCAGAGAUAGUCCCAGCGUCUCCUCUGACUGAAGAUGUGUCGGAGUGUGUGUGUGCCGGCGGCUCUGCUCACACUCCUGCUGCUGACACUCGCGGUGCCCGAGGCCCAGACCUGCCCCAGGAGCUGUAACUGCUACCAGGCCAGUGAAGUCCACUGCACCUUCCGGUCCCUGUUCGCUAUUCCACCUGGACUUCCGGCGCACACUCGACGCAUAAACCUGGGGUUCAACAGCAUCAGCGGGAUCCAUGAAACUUCUCUGACGGGGUUAAAGAAAGUGGAACUUCUGAUGCUGCAUAGCAACAACAUCCAGCACCUUCCAGACGCAGCGUUCAGGGAUCUGAAAUCAUUGCAGAUACUAAAGCUUAGCUACAACAAGCUGAGAGAGAUCUCUUCAUCGCUGACCUUCUCUGGCCUGACCUCACUCCUGCGCCUGUACUUGGAUCACAACCUCCUCCAGCACAUCCACCCCCGGGUCCUGCUCCAGCUGCCUAGCCUGAGGCUGCUCCGUCUGCAGGGGAACAGGCUGCAUCAGCUGCACCCACACACACUGUGCACGCUCUCUCUGCUGAAUACUUAUUACUUCUCUACUCUCAGACAUGUAGACCUGUCCAACAACACUCUGACCUCUCUGCCCAGGGACAUGUUAGCCACAGCGCCUCUGCUGGAGACGCUGGUAUUGCAGGACAAUCCGUGGAGCUGUGACUGUGGGAUGAACUGGUUUCUCUCGUGGAGUCUGGCUCAUCCAGGACUCAUGAAAUGUCCUGGUGGGCCUCAGUGUCCAAUCUGUGCUUCACCAAAAUCCCUACAAGGGCAGGGGAUGUUCGAUCAGAUUGAUCUAACAUGCAGCUCGCCUGUUAUCCCCUCCCCUGGAAGAGAAACACCACCGGAAACAGAACUCAGUGAAAUCCAGUCUAGGGAAUCCUUCAGAGAGCCUUUAGGCGCUGCGACUUUGGGUCUAUCUGACCAGCAAGGGAACAGCGUUGAUCUGAGCUGCAACAUCACUCACUCCUUCGAUUCCCAGGAUAUUACUCCUCCCCCAGAUCUCUCCCCGUCUUCCUCUUCUCCUCUCCCUCUUGCCAUGUCGCUCUCUUUGGAUUGCCCCGUGGAAAGAGAGAGCUACGAGCAGCUCUGGAGGAUUCUAGCUUACUACAGCGAAACAGCCGUUCGCCUGGAGAGGGAGAUCAUGCUGGGUAAAGCUCCGGCGCUGGCCUACCGCUACAGGCAGACAGCAGAGACAGACGGUUAUUAUCACACCGGGGUCAGAGCUUCUGUUAAAGCCAAGCCGCAGUGGCUGCUGCAGCCGGCGAUUAGCAUUCAGCUAAACAGAGCGCAGUCGAAUGGGAUCAAAGUUCAACUCGUAUACUCAACGAGAGUUUCUGCCCACCCCGACCCCAUUUCUCAAUCCUCAUCAUCCUCCCCUGCGUAUCAUCCAUGGUCGCUGAUUUCAACCAAUCAGACCGCCACAGCUAUGGCAGCGGUAGCAGGGAGUAAAGUGGAGCUAGCGUGCCCUGUUUUGAGUUCUGGUAACCAGAAAGUAGAGUGGAUUCUCCCUGAUGGAUCCAAGCUCAUCUCCCCUUCUAACGACCUUGACGGUCGGUUUUUAGCAUCUUCUUCAGGCUUGCUGAUCGAGAAAGUCAAGCUUUCAGAUGCUGGGGUCUACUACUGUGUAGCACGGGCAGGCUUGGAUGUAGACGUGCUCCCGUUGCGCCUUGCUGUUGAGGACUCUUCGGUUCCACCGUCAGGAGAGCACGUCGGAUCUACUGUCAAAGGAGCUGUUGGGGAGCCUGCUAGUCUCUCUUGCACGGUCUCUGGUUCCCCAGAACCUUAUGUGAGUUGGCUGUUACCAGAUGGAAACAUAAUCCGACACGGAUUAGCUGUGUCUGGUGGGAUCACGAUACUCCCAAAUGGUAGCCUCUCUUUGCUGAACCCUUUUCAGAGAGACGCCGGACACUAUCGCUGCAUCGCAGUCAACCAAUAUGGAAGUGACUCUCUGUCCAUGCAGCUGGAGUUAAAAUCAAGACACCCCCCUUCACUCAGGAUGCCAUUCCCCAGAGGGCCGCAGUCAGCUGCUGGUAGGUCAACCAGGAUACGAGCGCCAUUGCAACGUCAAGACAUAGAAGGAUCAGGGGGUGAAGAGGAAGAAGGAGAGAGGACUUUUGUUAGCAACAGAAGGCGUCCAAGGCCGUUCCAACCUCCAACUAACAGACGUUACCCGGUUGGGCAACCCAGAGGGCGUGGGCCUACAAGGGACGUCCCGUUGAGAAGAGGGGGAAGGCCCGUGACAUCCACUGAGCAGAGGAGAAACCGCUUUGAAAACAGACACCGGGUUACCACAAACAAGCAAAGACUAGAUCCACAGAAAUGGGCCGACCUCUUGGCAAAGAUACGACAGAAGACGGCUCAAACUAAUACCAGCCAGAGCAUCACAGAAGGAGCAGAGGGAGGACGCAACGGUGGAGAGACAGACAGGCGGGAGGGAGAUGAUGACGGGAAUAAAGGUAGAGCUGAGGGUGAAGAAACUGAAGGGUCGUCUGUCGAUGAUGGGGAUCCUAAACAAGAAGGACUACAGUCCAUUCCCCCUGUUUAUACUGAAACAAACACAGAGGUGACGAAAGCGACAGAGAGUCAAACAGACACGGAGAAUGAGACAGAGAGACACACAGAGAGGACGGCUCAACCAACAGAGACAGCGACAAACCCAACACAGCAAGAAGAAGUCACGUCUAAGCCAACCCCAGGAAGAAAUGAAAUUCUCACAGAAACAAGCGAGAGAAACCAGCAAGAAGAAACCCCAAAUCUUCCUCGAAACCGGCAGAUUCCCCAGCAGGGCCUCCUCCCUAAUUCGGAGCCAAACUCGCGGCCCCAAAGCCCUUGGAACUCUCGCAGGAGGAUCGGACAGCGAAGACGAAUCAUCAACAGACAGAGGGGCCGACCUUUGAGUCCAUCCCAACCUCUCCCUGACCCGGCGAACCCAAGGUCACAAACUGACACCCCUCCAGAUCAGCUUGAUAAGUUGUCAUUGGUGUCAUCAACCGCGUCUCCAGCUGAGCGUUUUAAGACUCCUCCAAUAAAUGCUCCGUCUCCUCCUGUUUCUACUCUCGGUGUCUCUGCUUCAGAAUCUGACUCCCCCUCAGUGACUCCCCCUCCCUCCUCGACCAGCUCAUUAUCCCACUCUCACACAAAGGCACAUAUAGACACGAUGACUCACUCAGCCAGCAUCCCAGACACCGCUGAGUCCCAUCCCAUCAGCACAGUGACACCAGCACCCACUCACUCCGACACUUCCACCGUACAGAAACAUGUGCUGGACUCGCACGCCAUGACACAUACAGACACAGAAACGGGCAAACAUGUUUAUAGACCAGCAGGCGAACACGCCGACGAGCUGGAGAGGACUUCGUUAGGUGAGCCAUAUGUUCCCCAUCCCUUGGACUCGCCCACUCCUUCCUCCGUGUCUCCUCUGACAGUCCCCAGUGCAGUGGCAACUGCCAUCACGACUGCAAAAAUAACAACUUCAGCUACUCCAGAGAGCACAGGCUCUACUAGCUCUCCUGGAAGCACUCAGAGUAACCCGACAGAGAGCAAGGAUGCACUUCCCAUGAUAGUCACAAUUAGUCCAACGACUCAGCGUCCAAUCACAUCGACUAAAACGCCAACCUCAACUACUACUACUCAUUCAACCAGCUCCUCCACAGCGUUUACCACCACUACUACAGCCCCCAGCACUACAGUGUCAGUCAAAGCCGUCCCUACAACUCUGAGACCUACCACCAGUUCCACCACCACCACCACCACCACCACCACUAGCCCUACAGUAUCAGCCCAAACCUCUCCCACCACAACCCAAGCAGCUCAGCCCACCACCACUCCUGCUACAACACCAAGAAUGACAACCACAAGUGCUGCAGAAUCAUCCAGAGAGAGGCCAAGCAGCGGCCACCCCAGAGGGAAGCCUGUCUCUGGGGCUCCAAACCAGAGUCGACCCCCCACUGAAUGGAAGAACCCUGGAGCUAAUUCUAUCCCAGAUUCACACAGCAGCAGGCCGCUCCGGCCCCCCUCCUCUGUGCUCCCUGUUGUCCCAGGGGAACCAGCUGUGAGAUCCAGGCCGAGGAUUUCAGAUCCACAUAUCAGGACUGUGUCCGUCCCAGCGGAGAGUACAGCCAGGCUGGACUGUGAGGCUAAAGGAGAGCCCAAACCCUCCAUCACAUGGACCAAAGUGGCCACAGGAGCAGUGAUGUCGGUCCACUCCAGGGCUCAGCGAUUUGAGGUCCUGCCAAAUGGCACCCUUGUUAUCCAGAAUGUUCAGCAGCAGGACAGGGGCACAUACAUUUGCAGUGCACACAGCUUUCUAGGUCGUGACAGGUUGUUAACCACCCUUGAAGUGUGGACCCGCCCCCCUCGCAUGCAGCUGGCCAGUUACAGAGAAGCCACCAUUCAUCAGGGUGGAGAGCUGCACUUGGAGUGCCGUGCGGACGGCGUUCCCACCCCUCUGCUGUCUUGGGUUCUACCUGACCGCUCUGUCAUGACGUCGACUUCCCCCUCCACCGGUCGCCUCAGUAUGGACACGAACGGAACCCUCCACAUCUCUGUGACGCUACCCAGCGACAGAGGAGUGUACCGCUGUGUGGCCUCAAACUCAGCCGGCGCCGCCAGCGCCUCUGUGCGUGUACACGUGUCCUCCUUGCCCCCGGUGAUACACCAACCUAGAGAGGAGCACCUGCUCUUGUCUCCAGGGAGGCCUGUCUAUGCCCACUGCUCCGCCCGAGGGGCCCCACCGCCAACUCUGCGCUGGCGGAUCCCAGAUGGGACUCUAGUUCGACCUUCCCAGUUUCUCCAUGGAAAUCUUUUUGUCCUGCCCAAUGGGACGCUGCAUAUUCGGAGUGUUGGUCCUAAGGAUUCUGGGAGUUAUGAGUGCACUGCAAGUAACGCUGUGGGAGCUGACAAGAGAACAGUGAGGGUGGAAAUAGAAAGAGAAGGACAACUUAGAAAUGAAGCGACUGAAAAACCGUCUUCUUCUCCUUUCUAUGAAAAUAAGAACUUUCCAAUCGUCAGACACUCCUCUCCAUCGCUCUUUGAUAGAUCCAGGAACCUGCCCGACUCCUCCAGCUCCUCUCGCUCAUCUUUUCACCCACACCAACUCAAUCCCACUAACUCACCUCCCAGAAUCAAUAAAACAGUCAGCGUCUCCCCCACACUCUUGGCCAGCAUCAACAAAACACCCUCCACUGUGCCUACAAAUAACACCAGAGUCUCAAUUGGCACUGUAAACAACACAAGAGUUAUUUCUCCCCCCUCAGCUGGCUCCCCUCCCUCACCCAUUUCUCCCUUCAGUAAAGCCCGUAUCGUCUCCACCUCCCCCUCCAUCUCUACGGUCCACUAUGGGGACAUUUUACAGCUUCACUGCUCCGUCACGGGCAGCCCACCCCCCAUCAUCAUCUGGAGGACGCCCAACAGGAAGCUGGUGGACAUUCAUUUCAGUUUUGACAGACGGUUUAAGGUGCACCCUAAUGGGACCCUGUCAGUUCAGGGCGUCACAGAGAAGGAUGCCGGGGACUACCUCUGCAUCGCACGCAACAAGGUUGCAGACGAUUAUCGCCUCCUGCGCGUUUCCGUGGCCACCAAGCCUGCCAAGAUCGAACCCAAGCAGCCUCUCAAUCAGAUGGUGCUGUUUGGCAAACCUCUGAAGGUGGACUGCCAGGCAUCAGGACUCCCUGACCCAGCUGUCCGUUGGAGUCUACCUGAUGGAACCAUGGUGAACAGCGUGCUGCAGGGGGAAGAAAGAGGAAGACGAACACGGAGACUGACUGUAUUUGAUAACGGGACGUUACUGGUUCCAGCAGUUGGUAUGGGAGAGGAAGGAGAAUAUACGUGCUACGCUGAGAAUCAAGGAGGGAGAGACACCAUGAAGGUCAAAGUAAAGAUCAUGAUGACAUCUCCACCAACCUUCACUGAUGACAGAAGCUACCACCUCGUCAAAGUACGCCAAGGGGCAACCGCCACCAUUCCCUGCCGGGCCGUAGGAGACCCUGCUCCAACAGUGACGUGGUUUUCCCCAACACGCCGUGUCAUCCCCCAAAGUUUGGGAUCUGGGUUUUACUCUGAGCGGGUUGUGGUGGUGUCAGGAGGAACUCUGGAGGUGCGACUGGCUCAGAAGAUUGACACAGGAAACUACACAUGUCGAGCUAGCAACUCAGCCGGGGAGAAGAGUAUGGUGGUGAGCCUGGAGGUGGAGCCUCCUAACUAUGGAGGUGGCGGCCACGUUGGAGGAAGAGGCUGGAGUACUAGCUAUGGGCAGGGCAGUAGAUCAGGAGACAACUUUAACAAAUUAGGUAGCAACACCAACAACAAUAAUGGCUACAGCUAUAAUAAUGGUAGGUUAGGGAAUGUUGUACCAAACACUGGCGCUAAUGCUAAUGUAGCAACAAGUGGCUUAAAUCCUGCAGCUAGAAGCAAUACUCAAGAUACAGUCAACAGGCCUGUGACUGGAAUAACAACACAACUUAGUAGCAGUGUGGUCAGUGUAGGGGUUAGCGGCGGUAGCAAUGUCGGCUUCAAAGCAGAAAACACUGGGAUAAACGGAAACGGGCCGAGCAUCCCAGGUGGUAGCAAUAGCGUUGGAAGCAACCAAAAGCCAGUCCAGGCCAGUAUUGUUCAGAGGAUUCCUGGAUCUACCAAUAACGAAGUCAUUGCAGGAAAGAGUGGAAAUGAUGCUAACGUAGGUAGCAGUAUUCCAAGAAGUGUUGGAGUCUUUAGUAGCAGUGUGUCCAAUCACGGAGCUAGUUCAAUUAGAGGAAGUAGUCUCAAUAGUGGCGCCGAUGCAGGGGUGAUUAAUGCCAACAAGAAGGCAGGUGCUGACUCAAGAAGUGCUAGCAUAGCUGCUAGUAAUACAGAUGCUAUAAGCUCCACUAACAAGCCUGUGAGUGUGGCAACCACAGUGAAGCAGCGGGCAGCUAAAGGUCAAACUGUCAUUCUUCCAUGCCCCUCCCAAGGCUACCCUCCUCCCCGAGUGGCCUGGCUUCUGCCCGGUAACGGUGUGUUGCCUGCUCCUUAUUACGGCAGCCGACUCACCGUGUACCGAAACGGCUCCUUGGAGCUGCGAGGCGUGCGGGAGAGUGAUAGUGGGACUUUGGUUUGCGUGGUUAGAGGUGAGCGAGGCGAGACGAGGACUCAGGUGGAGCUGGAGGUCUCUGAAGUGACCUCAUAUGCCAUUCAAGGACGCCCUGGUCUGAAUGACCUGCCAAACCCAAGAGUCCCAAUUACUCAAAAGCCUUUAAACAGAGGCCUACCUUCGCCAGUUGUACCUCACCCUAUCGGCCCUCCGCCCCGCUCUCCUGGACCCGCCCUGGAGCCAGCAGUGAGCACUAAAACGGCCUCCUUGGUGAGCAUCAUUAAUGGGGAAACUCUUCGCCUUCCUUGCCCUGCGCCUCAAACCUACACCCAAGGCUCUCUCACCUGGACCGUGCCAAGCGGCAAGGUGCUAUCUCGCGGUGAGAGCGGCGAAUCAGGCCGUUAUCAAGUCCAAGCGGAUGGGACGCUAUCGGUGCGAGAGGCCACUGUCUUCGAUCGCGGCACCUACACCUGCAGAUCUGCCAGUUCGGACUCCUCCCUAGUUUCAGUCCUCACAGUCCCGGUCAUCGUCAUCGCCUACCCCCCUCGCAUCACAACGGGGCCUUCCCCCGUGACCUACACGCGACCCGGUGUUGCUGUGGAGCUGCCAUGCAUGACCAUAGCCACUCCUAGGGCGACAGUCACUUGGGAGACACCGGACCUGACACAACUUCAGGUCAUGGGUCAGGCUCGUAUCUAUGGCAACCGCUACCUUAGUCCUCAGGGUUCCUUGGUGAUACAGAACCCAACGAGUAGGGAUACAGGGUUUUACAGAUGCACCGCCAAAAAUGUGAUCGGAGUGGACACCAAGGCAACAUACCUGCAUGUUAUCUAAUGAGGUCAAGAGGAACGCACACACAGACACACACAUGAACACACAGGCUUCUGUGCUGGUGCAUGAACUCUUCUGCUGUUGACACUACAUGCCCAACAAGCCCAAAGGAACUGCAAGAUACUGUUAAAUCUCAGAGAAGACUCCUCUAAUGGACAAGUAUACGCCUCAUGUAUGUAUUUUAAUGUCCAUCUUUGUUUUGAAUACUGUAUUUUUCUAUCCAAGACUCUCUGAACAUACAUUUUUGUCUAUGCUAUCAGAUAACUUCAGAAAGGUUUGUUUUAUUCAACCAGUGGUACACCUUUAAUAUUUGUACCUCUAGGCCUUUAACACAAGCAAGUUUAACAGAAUACACAAAUAUAUUUAAGGGUGCUGCACAGCUGUAACGCACCAAGGGCUAACAGACUGCUUUUCAGUGUGACAAUGAGCCAAACUGAAAACUCUACAUUUAUAUUUUAGGUUUUAGGGGACUGCUAAAGGGACAUGGAUGGAAGAAAAAGAAGCUUCCUGUGUGCAUUUAGACAGAAAGCAGAAAAUCUUCAGUCUGCACAAAAUACUUUUUAGUAAUCAUGAAAACUUUCUGGGGUGCACAGUGGUGCAGUGGUUAGUGAGGACAGUCAGUGUAUUUUCAGAUCCAUUUCCUGGUUGAAACCAGACUCAAGAAAUGGGAGAAACUCUCAUUAUUCCUUUUUUUUUUUUUCAUUUUGGUCACAAAAACGGAAAAACGAAUAACAACAUUUUAAAUAAGGGGUCCCAUUUUGUUUAUUCAAUUGCGUUAUUUUGCUUUCUUCAUAAAAUGAAAUACUUGAGGAAAAGGAAAUCAUGUGACCCAUUGGAAAAGGUGAGCUUUUCAAAAUAAAAGCCUCCAUGUCAAAACAAGUGCCUUAACCCUAAACAGAAGUUUAAUCCUAUUUUUCAAAAGUUUUAGCGUGUAUUUCCGUUCCAAGGUAUCUCAGAUGAACAGUCUGGAGGAGGUCUGCUGGACUGAGUAAUCUGUGAUAUUGAUCGCCUAAACAGAAAAAAAAAAACUUUUUUUGUAUAGUAUAGGGAAGUACUUGGGCUGCAAGGCGGUGCAGGGGUUAGCGCUGUUGCCCCACAGCAAGAAGGUUCCUGAUUCGCUUCCUGGUCAGGGCCUUUCUAUGCUGAGUUUGCAUGUUCUCCCCGUGCAUGCAUGGGUUCUUCGGCUUCCUC